UUCCUGCCGUGUCCAAGAUGGCGGCGCGCAGGGCGCUCCGGCUCGCGGAGCUGCAGGCGAGAUCGCUCCGCCCCUUGCCCCGCCCACCGCAGCGGAUCGGCCAAUGGAGAGAGUCGCAGGGUUUGUGCCCCGGCCCCCUCAGGGAGCUCCCCGACUGGAGCUUCGCAGACGGUCGCCCCUCCCCCCUCUGGCGGGGGCAGCUCCGGAGGAUCCGAGAGAACCGAGAGCUGGCGUGCCGGGCCCUGGCCCUGAGCCGCUCCCUGGAGGCCGCCAAGCGCAGGAGGGACCCGGAGGGGCUCCCAGUGCAAACCAGUACGAACCAGUACGGACCAGUACAAACCAGUACGGAGCAGCACGGAGCAGCUGAACAGGCCCCGCCCCCGCCAGAAGCUCCGCCCACCGCCGGCCACGGAGGCGUUAAGGAUGGAAAUUUAUGCAAAUGAGAUGCAAAAUAAAGUCGAUGUUCUCAAUGCC